AAAAAACAAAACAAAAGUUUCAUCUUCUUCUCCAAACAGAGACGUCAGCCACCGACGCAUACUUCAUCUUCUCGAAUCCUUUAGCUUCCUUUCUUAAUACUGUUUUCGUGGUUUCUCGCAGCUAAAAGGACAAAAACAUGAUCAUGGUGUCGUACGGUGCCUUCGCGGUGAGAAUGGUGGUGGUCGUGCUUACAGUGCAGUGGUUGGGUUGCAACUUUGCAGAAGGGUAUCCAGAAGAUGACCUUGUGGUGAGGCUUCCUGGUCAACCAAAAGUCUUAUUUAGACAGUAUGCAGGCUAUGUAGAGGUUGACACCAAAACAGGCCGUAGCCUCUUCUACUACUUUGUGGAAGCAGCCACAGAACCUGAGACCAAACCCUUAACCCUUUGGCUUAAUGGAGGUCCAGGUUGUUCAUCGGUUGGUGGAGGAGCUUUCACUGAGUUGGGUCCAUUUUACCCAACAGGAGAUGGUCGUGGCCUCCGCAUCAACUCCAUGUCGUGGAACAAAGCCUCAAACCUGCUUUUUGUGGAGUCUCCGGCCGGGGUAGGAUGGUCUUACUCCAAUAAAAGCUCUGAUUACAACACCGGGGACGAAACUACUGCGACAGAUAUGCUUGUGUUCCUGCUGAGAUGGUUCAGCAAGUUCCCAGAGUUGAAAGCUCGUGACUUCUUUCUCACUGGGGAAAGCUACGCAGGGCAUUACAUACCUCAACUGGCUGAUGCUAUACACAGCUAUAACAGACAGUCAAGUGGGUUCAAAUUCAAUGUCAAAGGGAUUGCAAUUGGGAAUCCACUUCUAAGGCUUAGCACAGACACUUCAGCUGUUUACGACUACUUAUGGUCGCAUGGGAUUAUUUCGGACGAGCUUAGACUCGAAAUCGUCAAGCAAUGUGAUUUUAAAAAUAUCCCAAACGUAAGCAACGCGUGCAUCGAGGCUCUCACUGAUGUGAGCGUUGUUUCUCGGUAUGUCGACGUCUAUGAUGUUCUCCGCGACCUAUGCCACCCAUCUAUUGUCGAGCAAGAGCUGAGGCUCCAGAAAAUGGCUACACACAUGAGCAUGGGAGUGGAUGUUUGUAUGACUUACGAAAGGAAGUUCUAUCUCAAUCUCCCAGAGGUCCAACACGCUCUUCACGCGAAUCGCACUCGUCUGCCUUACGAAUGGUCUAUGUGCAGCACCCUGGUGAAUUACAGUGGCAUCGACUUGAGCAUCACCAUGCUUCCUCUUCUUAAGAGAAUCAUACAGAACAAAACUCCGGUUUUUAUUUUCAGCGGUGAUCAAGACUCUAUAGUUCCAUUUCUUGGAACUAGAAGUCUCAUAGGAGAACUCGCUCGUGAGCUUAACUUCAGUACCACGCUUCCAUAUGGGCAAUGGUUCUACAAAGACCAGGUUGGCGGCUGGGUCACUGAGUUCGGAGAGCUGUUGACGUUUGCCACAGUGAGAGGAGCGGCUCAUACGGUUCCCUAUGGGCAGCCCGGACGAGCUCUCCAUAUGUUUAGUAGCAUUGUGCGUGGGCGAAGGCUGCCAAACAACACCCAUUAGUUCAUUACACACGUGAUGGAUCUCUUUAUCCUAUCUUUCACUAUCGCCAAAGGCGUGCCACCAUUGCUGAAAAUGAAAAAAAAAAGGAGUUAAUAGGACUCUUUUUGUUUGUUAUUGACAUUGUUGUUGUGUAAGACAUUAUAAGAAUAAUUUUUAAAAAAAUCUACUUAAAAAGAUUGUUGCACC